UUCUCUGUCUGUGUGUCUCUCAUUUCUCUCUCCCACAAAGCCCCAAGCCUACUAACCAGUUUAAGUACUCCAAGAAGCUUUGAUUCUUUAGUGUAAAAAGCCUUAAGUACUGCCAUAACUUUACCACUAUAAAAAAAACUCUUCCUUUCUCUCUCUCUCUCUCUCUCUCUCACUCAUGAAGAGUGAUACGUGAUGAGAGUUGAGUAAGAGCUAAAACUUCUUUUCUUUUCUUUCUUUUUUCUUCAUUGCUGAAACAAUGGGACAAGAAGAAAGGUACUUCUAUAGUUGGCCUCCGGUAGGAGCUCCGUUGAAUGUACAAAGAGAGGACCACUGGAGACACUUUGACAACUCUGUCAAUGCGGUGUCCUUUGGCUUUGUUGCUACUGCCAUUCUCAUCUCCAUGUUUUUGGUCAUGGCCAUCUUUGAACGCUUUCUUAGACCCAAUUCUUCCCAUGGUGACCUGGAAUCUCAGCUUGGUUUCAAUGGCAAGCUCAGCCACCCAUCUCCAAAAAUGACGAUAUACACCAGUGGAGUUUCAGUAUUAAUGCCGGGAGAUGAGAUUCCUACUUUCAUUGCCCAUCCAGCUCCUGUCCCCUGUCACCCUGAACGAGUUUUGCCUCACCAUCAACACAACUCAUCAGCCAAUCCUGCCUCAAACUCCUCGGUAAACAUUAAUGCAAGUUUAAUAGGAGAAAACUAAAACUGAGAAAAUCCCUCCGCACAUGCUACACCAAACAAUGAUCAUGAUAACUCUCCCAGCAGGAGGUUUUCUAUGAAACAAGCAAGACUAUCCAGUCUGGAUCAGAGUUGCCCUUUUUAAGCUUCUCGUCCGUAAGAUCCUUGUAUUGUGAAUACAGAGAUAGUUUUUGGUGGGCUGGCUGGCUUUGGCAAUGCUUAACUUGCCUUGCUGUCAAUUCCCACCAUUUUUUUGUUUAAAAUUUUUCCAGAUAGUGACUUUGGAUCCUGACGAUGGUCAUGGAUUGCCCAUCGAAUGGAUCAUUUUACAUGUAAAAAAUUUGAGGUACAAAAUUGUUGUUAAGUACGGGAGGAAGUUUCAAGGGCAGUUUGUUACGGAUGAGAUGGAAAUUAAUAUAAAAAACAGCAAAUUUGAACCUCCA